AUGCCGAAGAACAAGGGAAAGGGAGGAAAGAACAGGAAGAGAGGAAAGAACGAAGCGGACGAUGAGAAGCGAGAACUUAUAUUCAAGGAAGAUGGACAAGAAUAUGCACAAGUCCUUCGUAUGCUUGGCAACGGCAGAUGCGAAUCUAUGUGCAUCGAUGGCACUAAACGUCUCUGCCAUAUCCGUGGUAAGAUGCACAAGAAGGUUUGGAUCGCAGCAGGUGACAUUGUACUUGUUGGCCUGAGGGACUACCAAGAUGACAAAGCCGAUGUCAUCCUCAAGUACAUGUCUGAUGAGGCUAGGCUUCUCAAGGCAUACGGUGAGCUUCCAGAGAAUAUCCGUCUCAACGAAGGAAUCGUUGGUGAUCUUGAUGAAGAUGGCUCUGACGGAGGCGAUGACUAUGUUGAGUUUGAGGACGAGGAUAUUGAUAGGAUCUAA